AUGGCCGAAGUGGCUCCCCAGUUCAAGAAUCUUUCCCUCUCCGUUGACGGGGUUGAUCUGUCCGUCGCGGUCGUUCAAGGGCCCGGGGACCCUACAUUGGCACCCAUUGUAUGCCUCCAUGGCUUUGGGUCAAGCAAAGAGGACUACUACGACUUCGCCCACCACUCUCCCUUCCAGAACCGUCCCUUUCUGGCCUACGAUGCCCCAGGUUGUGGAGAGACCGAGUGCUCCGACCUGUCACGCAUCUCGAUCCCUUUCCUAGUCCGCACCGCCGAAGCCGUUCUCGACCGUGUGGGCAUCACCACCUUCCACCUGAUUGGCCAUUCCAUGGGCGGUUUGACAGCGCUGUAUCUCGCGCAUAAACAUCCGGACCGGGUGCGCAGCUUUGUGGAUAUCGAGGGCAACCUGGCACCGGAGGACUGCUUCCUCAGUCGACAGAUUAUCACGCACGACGAUCCGCAGCUGCACCCUGAACAAUUCUUCCACAACUUCAUCCAACGCACCCGACGGUCCCCUGCGUUUCCAAUGCGUUGUACGCGUCGAAUCUGCGGCACAAGGUGCGUCCCGGGGCGGUGCGGGGUAUCUUUAGUUCCAUGGUGA